AUGGCCAUUCCCAUGCUUCGUUCUUCUUCUUCUUCCUCUUCCAUCCCUUCACUUCCUCCACCUUCUCCUAAGUCUCCUCCCGAGUAUCCAGAUUUGUAUGGCAAACGCCGUGAAAUGGCCAAGGUUCAGAUGCUUGAAAGAGAGAUAAGUUUUCUUGAGGAAGAGUUGAAAUCUGUUGAAGGUCUUCAACCAGCUUCAAGAUGCUGCAAAGAGGUUGCUGAUUAUGUGGUGGUGAAUUCAGAUCCUCUGUUACCUUCAAACAAGAAGAAUCGCCGCUCUUGUCGCUUCUGGAAAUGGCUCUGUCGCAUGCCAUGUUUUAAUCUAUCUUGGAUCUGCUGUUGCUGCUGCUGCUGCGACGGAUUAUCAGUACAUCUAAAAUUGCCGCGCUGCUGUAGUGACUGUAAACCAUGCAGUUGUUGCAGUUGCAGCAACUGUUUUCCAUCCUUGAGUUGCUCAUUACCCAAGUGGAACUGCUGCUGUUGUUUCUCUUGUCCCAAAUCAAAUUGCUGUAAAGAUAGCUUUGUUUCGGGAAAUUGUUGUACUUUUCCAAGUAGUUGCAAUUUCGGGUGUCUAUCAUGCCCUUCUUUAUGCAGUUGCAAAUGCACCUGCACUUGCUCUUGCCCAACAUGUCCGAAAUGUCCAAAAGUAAGCUCAUGUUGCUGUUGUACAGAUUCAUGUUUUAAUCCUUGUUUCUGUUGCUAG